AUGGCACCGGAUACGGACGCCCAUCCAGAACAUAACGGCAGUGGCGGUGCGUUUAAUGAACCACUGGUCCUCGAUUUCGCAACCAUGCAAAAUGGUCCUGAUUCAAAUUACAAAAGUGCCCCUCUUACACCCGUCACUAGCUCUGCCGAUCCAGAGCGCAGAGGGAGUUGGCUCUCGGAUGAUGAAUACUCGGCGCCCGCACCAACGAUAGACUUUGCAAGACGGGACAUUCAUAUUCCCUCAAGGACCAGCUCGAGUACCCCACACGCCAAUCAGCAACGCAUAACAUUGCAAAGGCGACUGAGCGAAGAACCAACGUCACCAAUCAAGUCCAUCAUGGCAGAAAUGCAACAAUCGCGUACCCGGAGCAGUUCCUAUGUAUCGAAUGCAACACUAUCCAAGUUGCAGUCUUUGCAUGGCGCAGGUAACGGACCGACAGCAGUGCGAAGUUCGGCCGACUCUGUCAUAUCAUACGAGUCUGUGGCACCGUCCAUAGUAACACAACAUCUUCCACCACUGCAGCAGAAAGGCGGCGUGCUGGACGAUGGCGACCGACUUUCGCCAUUACUAGAAGAUGAUCCUCAGUCGUUCGACCUGGUCUGUGCACCUAUGGAGAACCAUCGACAGUUCUCGCUUGAGGACAGGUCCGAACAGCUCUUCUCGAAACAGCAUCUGGAGGCCAUCUUUGCCGAUACUGCAUCUUUACUUCGCUUUUCGUCUUUCCUUAGUGUCGCUCGACCCAAAUCAGUCCCUACGCUGAUAUAUUACCUCGAUGCCCUGAAAGCUCUACGCGCCAUCAGCUACGCCAAUGCAGUUGCCGAAGCAUUAGAGCCCAUUGAGGGCCUUGACUUCACUGACACUCCAGCGCGAACUACCAUCAACACCGUGUUGGAGGAAAAGGCUAGUCGGGCCUUUGAUAUUCUUGUCCGGGACGACCUACCGGCAUUCAUUACUCAUGUCUUCAUUCAAGUUGUUAGCGUCAGCAUCGCAAAGCGUGUCACAGGAAACCUGCCUCCAAUGCUACGUGAAGCCAGUGAGGGCUUGGCCGAGGUUUUCUGUCUUACCGACCCCUCAAGAACUGACAAUCCCAUCAUCUUCGCCUCUGAAGAGUUCCACCGGACAACCCAAUACGGCGUCGGCUAUGCAAUUGGCCGCAACUGUCGCUUCCUCCAAGGCCCCAAAACAAGUCGGAGUACUGUAGCUCGCUUUGGUAAAGCUGCACGCGAGGGUAAAGAUCAUAGCGAAGUUCUGCUGAACUACCGCCGUGACGGUUCUCCAUUCAUGAACCUCUUGAUGAUGGCACCCCUGCUUGACUCGCGAGGAAACCUCCGCUACUUCAUCGGCGCUCAAAUCGAUGUCUCUGGCCUUGUCAAGGACAAUACCGAUCUCGAGGCGUUUAGGCGUAUGCUUGAUCAAGAAGAAGGCCGCGAGGAGAAGCCUCAGCAGAAAGACGAGUUCCAGGCGCUUAGUGAAAUGUUCAACAACACAGAGUUGGACACUGUGCGUAAACAUGGCGGCAACAUGCACAGGGAACAGAUAGAGGAACAAGACGAUGCAAGCAUGCAUCACAAGCCUAGAUUGCUGAUUCAGGAUCAGUCGACGUUUGAUGUUGACAGGGCGGAGACACCAGCAUCGAAGCCUGACGGCAGAUUGUCUGGCCCUUACAAGCAUUACCUUAUCGUCCGCCCAGCACCCUCUCUCCGCAUCCUCUUCACAUCGCCAUCCCUUCGCGUUCCAGGCAUUCUGCAAUCGCGUUUCCUUGACCGCAUCGGCGGCAGCAAUCGCGUCCGUGACUCGCUCAGCGAUGCGCUUGCAGACGGUUCACGUGGCGUUACAGCAAAAAUCCGCUGGCUACCGCAUGCGGUCCCUGAUCUCGAAGAUUCAAACGAGGAGGGUCGGCCGCGAUGGAUUCACUGUACUCCUUUGCUUGGGCAGAAUGGAGCGGUGGGUGUAUGGAUGGUAGUCCUUGUUGAUGAAAAGGAGCAUUCACAUCCCAAUCGCCGCUUCCGCCAGGCACCGCCCAUCCCGAACGAUAUCCGCGGCAAUUCGCUAGCUCAAAACUCGUCAAGACGCCAAAAUGGGCGAUUCAAUGAUUUUGACGAUAGGGACACACACUCAUCGCGCGGGGGUUCUCCUUUCAUGAACGGUCAUGGUCACAGCAACGGCGCACCGCGUGUUUCACACCUCGAAGCACUGCGCAAUCCUUCCAGUCCUCGUCGAGCACAGAGCCCGUUGGCGUACGAACAGCGAGGCCUCACUUCAGCGUCCUCGUCGGUCAAGGACUAUUUCAACGGUGCGCAGGCCAGUGUAGACUCUUUCCGCAUCUGA